AUGGCUAUGUCCACCAUAGUGCUGCUGGCGGGUUUUGCUGUGGCGAAAGCUGCGGAGAACUUGAACGGUGACUACGUCCUUUCGCAGACACCUGGUGCCUCUGAAACCCAGCAGAAGUUUCCCGUGCACUUCAGCGACUACCCGGGCAAGCCGGACUACUUCGAUGUCUAUAGCCCGCCCAUCAAGACAUUGUACUCCCAGGUCUUCUGGAGCGGUCUGCCACCGGUGGAUCUGCCGAGCGAAGUGGUGCAGCGCUUCGAGGGCAAAGGUAUGGCGGUGGUGGGCUUCGAGGUUGACCAGGUGAGGCGCACCGACCAAGGCGAUGUGGCGGUGCCGAUCACCGUGGCGUACAAUCACCACUUCGAGACCACCAUGAUUGGCAAGCGCAGCCGCUUUGUGCAGGAGGAGCUACCGGGCCCCAACUUCGGGCAGCGGCACGAAGGCCACGGCGCCCCACUGGACUUGUCCAUGGGCACGGCCGAUGCAAAGCAUGCGAAGGACAUCGCGAGGCAUGGCGAAGAGUUACAUGCAAAGGAGGAGCCGCAUCCGGUCAACCACCCAGUUGUCCAGUGUUCACGUGCUUAA